GCAGCCAGUACUGGAGAAGAGUGAACUACCAGAGGAGCAGACUGGAGCGCAGAGUUGGAGCUUUUUCACUUUGACACCAGUGACAGAGAGAGAAGUUGCUGUUGGAGAUGACUGGACUGUCACUUCAGGAACAGCAUCCCUCCAAUUUGGUAACUUUUCUCUGUCCUGAGAGCUUGAGAGUUACUGGAACAGUUUGAUCUAAGAGGCACAAAUACUGGAAGAUUUCUAUCUCAGCUGGGAGCUAGGCACACUCAAAGAGGAUCAGUAAAAGCCAUAGCUGCAACCAAACUCCAGGAUGAAGAUUCAUCUCCUCUGCUUGGAGUUAUUCCUCUUGGCAGGUCACGUCCUUGUGGCCAGUGGGCAGUUGGAGCCAAAGAAACAAGCGCCCCUGGACCUUCUCACUGUUACCCAGAGACUUGGGCUCGUAGAGAGAGAUGUGCAGGGUCCAGUGAGGCCCAACAUCACCAUGCCCCGCCGCCGGCUACCCCCCAUGUGCACCGGACCCACAGAAAUCCGAGACACCUUCAAGUACAUCAAUACGGUGGUGUCCUGCCUGGUGUUUGUUGUGGGUAUUAUUGGUAAUUCCACUCUGCUGAGAAUCAUCUAUAAGAAUAAGUGCAUGCGUAACGGGCCGAACAUCCUAAUCGGCAGCUUGGCACUUGGAGACUUGCUGCACAUCAUCAUCGCCAUUCCCAUUAAUGUUUACAAGCUCCUGGCAGAGGACUGGCCUUUCGGAGUGACUCUGUGCAAGCUGGUGCCGUUUGUCCAGAAAGCCUCAGUGGGCAUCACAGUGCUGAGUCUGUGCGCUUUGAGUAUUGACAGGUAUCGUGCCGUGGCAUCCUGGAGCCGUAUCAAAGGGAUCGGCGUUCCAAAGUGGAUGGCUAUCGAGAUAGCGCUCAUUUGGAUAUUAUCCAUUGUUCUGGCAGUGCCAGAGGCAAUAGCCUUCGACAUGCUCACCAUGGACUACAAAGGAGAACACUUGAGGAUCUGUUUGCUUCACCCCAUGCAGAAAACCGACUUUAUGAGGUUUUAUAAAUCAGCAAAGGACUGGUGGCUGUUCAGUGCAUAUUUCUGCCUGCCAUUGGUCUGCACUGCUAUUUUCUACACCCUGAUGACCUGUGAGAUGCUGAGGAAGAAGAAUGGAGUCCAGAUUGCUCUCAGUGACCACCUCAAGCAGCGAAGGGAGGUGGCUAAGACUGUGUUCUGUCUGGUUCUGGUCUUCGCUCUGUGCUGGCUGCCUCUUCACCUCAGCCGUAUCCUGAAGCUCACCAUCUACAAUGAGAAAGAUCCAAACCGCUGCGAACUGCUCAGUUUCUUUUUGGUGUUGGACUACAUUGGCAUCAACAUGGCAUCUAUCAACUCCUGCAUCAACCCAAUCGCCCUCUACAUGGUCAGCAAGCGCUUCAAGAACUGCUUCAGGUCCUGCCUGUUCUGCUGGUGCCUACCGGUUGAGAUGUUGAUGGAUGAGAAGCACUCAUGCAUAAAGCUGAAAGUCACAGAACGAGCCUCCGACCAGAGCAACUCCCGCACGAGCAACAAGUCCACUACAGCCUGAAGAGGCGCAUAGAGACGUGCAUUUGGAAAUUAAUGAGAUGAAACGCUUCUAUCCUAAAACUCUGAACACUUGUCAUAAUGGACUGCACACUCACCCUGUUCAAGAAGAAAUAAGCAUCAGUGCAUUCCAAAAACUGUAUUCGUGCAUAACAAGUUUGAGAUGCCUGUGAAGCAGGCAAACUGGUGUUGAAAACACCAAAUAUUGAGAACUAAGUAGGGGCUAAGUUUAAGUGUUAUGUAAAAUUGGGGGUCAAGGGUCGAUUAUCAAAGACAGCCCAUCGGGCUCUCAGCCUGGAUAGUGAAUGUUACUUUGACGCUGUGUUGCGUGUUGUUACCACACACUAAAGCAACUUGGAAGAGUUUAAACAGUGAACGUAAUGCUCUUGUUUGAGAUUUGUUUACGUUAUUUAGUUACGCAUUUCAUUUAUAUGUAUGUAUUGAGCAUUUUGCAUUCUUUAUCGCUUGUUACAUUAGUGUCUUUAAAUGUAUCAUCUUGGUGUCAUUUUCCCACUAGUUAUUCAACUACUGAUGUUUGAUUUCAGCUGUGUGACCAUUCAGCUACUGUAUUAUACGGUUCAAUAUUGGGCCUGUUCUUAAGGCUUCAUGCAUUUUGUGACUGGAUUUGGUCACAAUUGCUUAUCUUAAUCCUUACCUUUUUUUUUAUUAAAAAAAGUAAAUAAAUACAAUGAAUAAGGAA